GGUUUAGUCUCAACUUGAGUGUCGAAUGAAAUUGUUGCGUUUUCUCCUCCAUCACACAAAACUGUUAUUCUAUCAAGUAGUUGCAAAGUGUUUUUAAAGAAUUAGAGGGUGUAUUUCCAUCUCCCUCAUUUAUUUCUGUGCAGUUUUCUUAAGGGACAAUCUCUCUUAAACAUUCCGUCCAUCCUAGAUUCCACCUGGAUUGUGUUCUCUGAUUGGUUUUAUUUUUUUUUUACAACAGUGUGUUUUGCUCAUCAAUUUUGUAAACACAAUUUACAGAAGAAAAAAAAAGAAAAGAAACGUGGAAGCCGAAAAGAAGGAAUUAUCAAUGAAAUGAUAAAAAGUGUCGAACUGAAAGUAUUUAUCAAUCAGUGGCCAUAAAAGUGGGGAUAAAAAUAGUCUAGGAAAAGUCGAAUAUAUCUGGAGAAUUUAGGUCGAAUCCUUUGCUGAUCUAUACUCAUGUGCCAUUUGUGAAAAAAAAUAAAUAAAUAAGUAAGAGAGUGAAAAGGAUGUCUACGCAAAUUUACUACAAGGAUCGCCUGGGAUUCGAUCCACGUGAGGAUAUCAUUGACAAUGUUCCGAGGAGUGGACACAAGGCAAAAUUGCAUGAGGGAAGCCCCUUCAAGGAGGAUAGUCCGCCGAAGAGACUCAAAGACCAACACGGCGGCUACGAAGAUGCUCUGACACAAUUUAAAGAUGAACGCGACGCCAUUCAAAAGAAAACCUUCACGAAAUGGGUUAACAAACAUUUGAGCAAGGCAGGAAAGAGGAUUCACGAUCUUUUCGAGGAUCUUCGCGAUGGAAGAAAUUUGCUCACACUCCUUGAGGUGCUUUCCGGAGAGAAUCUGCCACGUGAAAAAGGCAAUAUGCGUUUUCACAUGCUCCAAAAUGCUCAAAUGGCUCUCGAUUUUCUCCGGUACAAGAAAAUUAAAUUGGUCAACAUUCGUGCUGAGGAUAUUGUUGAUGGGAAUCCAAAGUUAACUCUCGGACUUAUUUGGACAAUAAUUCUCCACUUCCAGAUAAGCGACAUCGUUGUGGGACAUGAUGACAAUCUGACCGCAAAGGAGGCACUUCUGCAGUGGGCCAGAAAGUCAACGGCUCGGUAUCCGGGCGUGAAAGUGAAUGAUUUUACAUCAUCAUGGCGCGAUGGAUUGGCCUUCUCGGCAAUUGUCCAUCGCAAUCGUCCGGAUAUUAUCAAUUGGCGCGAAGCAAAGGCUUCAAAGCCGCGCGAACGUCUCGAAACGGCAUUUCAUGUGGUUGAAAAGGAAUAUGGGGUGACACGUCUGUUGGAUCCGGAAGAUGUUGAUACCAAUGAACCCGAUGAGAAGUCUCUUAUUACCUACAUCAGUUCCCUGUAUGAUGUCUUCCCGGAGCCACCGGCAAUGCAUCCACUGUAUGAUUCUGAUGCUCAACGUCGUAUGCAUGAUUACAAGGAGGCAGCUCAGGAGUUUUUGUACUGGUGCAAGGAGAAGACAUCAUUGCUGCAAGAGAGAGUAUUCCCAGCGUCACUGAUUGAGUUGAAGCAAUUGCUGGCGGAUUUACAUACUUUCCGUACUGAAGAGGUGGCUCAGAAACAUCAAGAUCUCUCCAAUCUCAAUGUCAUCUAUGAGCAGUUGAAGAAGUACUUUGAAGCUGUGACUGAGGAAGAGAUUGAUGUUGCCUAUAGGCCAAAGGCACUCAAUAUUGCAUGGGAACGCUUGAUGCGUGCUCUGGGUGAUCGUGAGCGUCAGCUUCAGCAGGAGACUGAUCGUCUGGACAGUUACGAUCGUCUGGUGGACAAGGUGUUCAGAGAGAUUAAGCGAAUUGACUUUAAACUCACUGACAUUGAGUCCCGAAUUGCCAAGGAGAGUCGCAAUCUCGAUCGGAUGCAUCCAAUUGAUGCGAAAAAUGUUGUUGAGAGUAUUGAGACGGAUUUGAGGCAUCUGGAGCAACCAUUGAAUCAAGUGAGCUCUGAUGUGAGUGUUUUGGAAAAUUCAAAUUGUCCCGAAGCCAGAGAAUUGAGGAAAGAAGUUAAUAAACUCUGUCAGAGAUGGUCACAAAUUCGUGCCAAUUUCCACACGAAUAUGGUGCAAAAAUUGGCUGGAUUGAGUUAUCCCAUUCAGGAGACUACGGUCACCCGGCAAACACGAACGGUGCUCGAGACACGUCAAGUUGACACCAAUCCGUACUUUAGGGAUUUGCAGGAGUAUACUGAAUGGUGUCAGAAUAAAUUGAAGAAGCUCCUAGCAGCUGAAUAUGGCACGGAUUUGGCCACGGUGAAGAGUGAAUUGCAUAAGCAUCAGCAGGAACAUAAAACAAUUGAUCAAUUUCACUCGAAAAUUGUUCAUGCUGAACGUCAGAAGAAUAAUUUCUCAGGAGAUGAAUACACCUUGUACUCACAGAGACUCAAUCAACUCCAGAAUUUGUAUGCAGAUCUCCUGAGUACGUCAACGAAGCGCCUUUCGGAUUUGGAUGCACUCCAAGAUUUCCUCGUGGCGGCGACAAAUGAGCUCAAUUGGUUGAAUGAGAAGGAAAGGAUUGAGAUCAAUCGGGAUUGGGCAGAUAAGAAUUUAGAUCUAUCAGCUGUACAUCGUUACUACGAGACUCUGAUGUCUGAAUUGGAGACGAGAGAGAUGCAAUUUGCAGAUAUUGUGGAUCGUGGUGAAAAGUUAAUUUCUCAAGCUCAUCCUGCAGCCAAAUGCAUUGAAGCUCAUCUCAGUGCAUUGCAGUACAAAUGGUCAUGGUUGCUACAACUCACCCUGUGCCUCGAAAUUCACCUAAAACAUACCUCCGAGCAUCAUGCCUUCUUCCAAGAGGUCAAAGAAGCCGAAUCCUGGCUGACGAAGCAAGAAGAGAAGCUCAAUAGUAAAUACAGUCAGAGUGACUUUGGUCUGGAUCAAGGUGAAGCACUUCUGCGUGGUAUGCAGGAAUUGCGUGAAGAAUUCAAUAAUUACGGUGAUGUCGUCCAAGCACUCAUUCAACGUUCUCACACCAUUGUGCCCCUGCAUGAGAGGAAACAGGGUGUCCUACAGCCAAAACCCGUCCAUUCCAUUUGCUCCUACAAACAGGGUCAGAUUUCCAUUGAUAAGGGACAAACACACACCCUUUUGGACACGUACGGUCGUGUCAAGUGGCGUGUUCAGGUCCGGGGAACUGAAGCCCUCAUUCCAGGGGUGUGUUUCACCCUACCACCGCCCAAUGCCAAGGCUAUUGAGGAUGCUGAAAGGCUAAGGAAGCAUUUUGAUCGAUUGAUUGCACUGUGGCAGAAGAAACAGCUGAGACUGCGUCAGAAUAUGAUUUUUGCCACAAUUAAGGUGGUCAAAGAUUGGGACUUUGAGCAAUUCCUGGCCAUGGGUCCAGAACAGAGAAAUGCAAUUAGGCGAGCACUCAAUGAUGAUGCAGACAAACUCAUUGCCGAAGGAGAUCCCAAUGAUCCGCAACUCCGGCGUCUUCGCAGGGAAAUGGAUGAAGUCAAUGCCAUUUUCGAUGAAUUUGAGAAACGUGCUAGAGCAGAAGAGGAAAGCAAGCAGGCGAGUCAACGUUUCCUUGAGCAAUGCAUUGCAAUCAAAACCAAUUUGGAAUCUCUGGCCAGGGAAUUGGAACACAUCAUUUCGAGUCCCUUGCCCAGGGAUCGCGACUCUUUGGAGUAUGCCAAGCGUAUUCAUUCGGACUUUGAACUGAGACUGGCUCAGGAGGAGGUUCCUGUUAAGAGAUUCCAAGAAACAUUCCGCAAUAUUCCCCUUAAGACACCAGCGUUGAAGAAGAGUCUGGACAAUCUCUUGGAUCUCUGGACAGAAAUUAAUUCCCAGAGUAAACUCCAUGGACAGCGACUGAAGUUGCUGGAGGAGGGUCUGAUGGAAUUGGAGAUCAAUGAGCAGGUUUAUGAAGAAGUUGAUGCGGAUCUGUCCAAUUUCACGGUGAUACCCAAUCGCUUGGAAGAACUCAGAGAUGUCCUGCAGAGACUCCAUAAGCUCAAAUCCGUGGUGUCUGCACAGCAGUUCCACAUUGACAAGAUGAAUACAGCUGUGGAUCAAUUGGGCAGAAUGGGGGUACCGACAAAGGUUGUGGGUGAUCUCAAACGCAUACAUUCCACUGUUGAACAUUUCAAUGUCAAAUGGAACAAUUUAGAACGAAAAUUGGACACCAGAAUCCGUGAGUGUGAAUCCGCUCAGAGCUUCAUGACGAAUCUGCGAUCCAGCCAGGUGAAGGAGGAGACAUGGAUUGAUGGUGCUACUGAGGAGCUUAUGGCAAUGCCACCACCAACAUCUGCCCAGGAACUUGAUCAAGCCAUCUUCGAGAAGUACUCUGUGUGUGAAGAUGAAUUGGGCAAACAGUUGGAGUGGAUUGGAGCUGUGGAGGCAAAAUUGGCCAAUAUUGGAGGCCCCUCAGAUGUUGAAGAGGGCAUUCGUCAUCAAGUCAACAUGCUCAAUUCCAUCAAGGAUGAGAUUGAUUCUCAUUCUCGGGUUGUUGUAUCGUGCCUUGAACAAGUUCGAAGUAUCUCCCUGACCGGUGGAGAUGCCUUCAGUGCUCCAGAAAUUGCCAGUUUGGAACGCCGUGGAAAUGAACUAAAGUCCCGAGUUGAUCGUGCCAAUGAAGUUUGCUACAAGUUUGCCAAGAAGAUUGUGUACUUGAGGGAUGAAUUGGUACGUUUGAGGACUGAAUUGAAUGGUUUUUCAUCGUGGUUGACGGGUGCACGGCAUACGCUUGAGGAGAAGGAAAAGAGUUUGCAUCAAUUGCGAAUUGUUCCAUCACAUCAGGACAAUCUUCGUGAUUUUGUUAGUGAUGUCAUUGCACAUCAAGCUGAUUUGCGCUUCAUUACAAUCAGUGUGCAGAAAUAUUUUGAUGAUAAGGCAGAAUUUUUGCACUAUCUCAAUGAUUUCCGAACAUCAUUGCCCAAUAGAUUGUCCCAUGUGGAACAGAUUGUCAAUAGUCCGAUUGAGCAGGAUCUUCAGCAGGUUACGGUGCAGUAUAAGGAUUUGCUGUCGAGAGUCAAUCAUCUUCAGGAUGCUAUGCAGACACUUGGAAAUCGCCAUAGGGAGUACAAUGAUGCUGUUGAGGCGGCUAAAAAGUGGUUGAGUGAGAUUCAGCCGAGAGUUGAUGGAAUUCUGGCUGAACCAAGUAGUUCUGAUCCCGUGAUCAUUCAGAGUCAAAUGACACAGACAAAAUUGUUGUACAGUGAGGUGGUUUCCAAUGGACGACUCAUUGAUAAUGCACAACAGAGUCUGGAGGCAUUGCUGCGUGUACUGCCAAAGAAUACCAGUAGCUUGGAGAUUCAGUCACUUGAGAUGCCAGUGAGAAAUUUGCGAGAUCGCUAUGAGAAACUCAAGAGUUCACUCAAUAAUCGUUCAAAUGGCCUGGAGAAGACUCUGAUUCAGACUCAGAGUGUUCAGGGAUCUCUGGAUAAACUUCUGGGAUUAGUGUUGCAAGCUGAAGAACAGUUCAAGCAUCACUGGAGGCCGGCUUCUCUGAUUAAAGAGCAACUUCUUGAUCAGAUACGUGAACACAAGGCUUUCCUGCAGAGUCUGGACUCUCACAAGGCCAGCAUCAAUAGUUUCAAGUUGUCCAGUGAUGUGCCAAAGGUCCUGGUAAAUAAGUUGAUGGAUGCAAAGACAAAAUUCGAACAGUUGCAUGACAGAGCCGUUGAACAUGGAGACUUCCUGGAGAAGACUCUGGGCGAGUUGAAUAAAUUCAACAAUGAGUACGCGGCACUCGAGAAAGAGAUCAACCAUCUCCAGGAAAAUGUCGAUGGAGCUGAAUUCAACUAUCUCCCGGCUGAAUACAUGAAUCACAUGCAAGAAAUUCUCAAUACAAAGCAUCAACUUGAACCAAUGUUCCACAAUUGCGUACAACUCGGAAAAGAUCUCAUUUCCAAGCGUGAUGUGACAAAUGUUGGCGUUGUGAGGGAUCAGGUGAAGCAUUUGGAGAAUCUAUGGAAGAAUCUUGUGGUGACUACGACGGAGAAGAGUAAUUUGUACAAGCAGAAAUCUGAGCAUUUGAAUGCCUACAAUAAACUCAGGGAUCAAGUACGCUCCUGGUUGGAGAGUUUUGAGGUUAGGAUCAACAAGCUAGCUCCGGUUUCGGUGGAUUUCGACGUGAUUCAGCAUCAAGUGGAUGAAUGUCAGGCAGUUGUCCGGGAACAUCGUGACUACGGGUCAACAAUUGACAAAUUGAAUGAUUUGGGUGGGCAGUAUGAUUCCCUGAUAAGGGCAGAGAUUGCAGAUAAACAGAGAACUGCUCAAUCGGGAACGGCUAAGAAGAUUUCCGUCACCAGUAUUCGACGGCAAUCAAUUGAUGUACAAUCCGGAAGAGUGACUGAAAAUACUCCCAUUCAGAUUCAACUAUCCGAGAUCAACAAUCGCUACAACAUGGCUGGAGUUCGUUUGAGUGACCGUCAAAAUGAAUUGGAUUCCCUGAGGGAUGAGAUUCGUCGUCAUCGUGACAAUAUGAAGAAUCUCAAUGGAUUCCUCGAUAAGAUCCAGAAACGCAUUCCCAAGGAGACAAUUGAUUCAAAUAUCGAGGCAGAAAAAUGCAUCAAUCAGUGCAGGAAGAUUCUCGAAGAGAUGUACGAGAAGCAGAAUCUUCUGGAUUCAGCCAAGGCAAUGGUGAAGAAUUUGGCCGUGCGUAAGAGUCAAUCACCAGGUGUUGAAGUACUCAAGUCCGAAUUGGAUGGAGUAGGUCAACGUUGGAAGGUACUCAGUGAUUUGUGCAAGGAGAAGAUUGCAGCUUCGGAACAAUUGAAAGAUUUCCUCGAUACCCACAAUAAUCUCCAUGCAUGGCUUCUGGGUAAGGAGCGGAUGCUAACGGUGCUGGGACCUAUUUCGUCUGAUCCGCGAAUGGUCAAGACACAGGUGCAGCAAGUGCAAGUGCUAAAGGAAGAUUUCAAGACACAACUGCCUCAAUUGAAUCAUUUGCAGAAUGUUGGGAAGAAUCUGGUGCAACAUUUUGAGGUUAGAUCACCGGAAUAUGAGCUAGUUACAGCUCGGUUGAAUGCUCUGCAGAAUAAAUGGGAUGAUCUCUAUGGACAACUCAGCGAGAGGGCAAAUAGUUUGGGUGCUGCUGCCAAUACGUCCAAGGAAUUUGAUGCUGGACUCAGUCGACUGAGAGAGUCUCUAAGGCAAAUCAAUGACAAUCUCGAUGCUUUGCCCUAUGACAUGGACAAGGAUGAGCUGUUGAGGAAGAUUGAAAAUCUAGGGAGGCAACUUGAGGGACAGAGACCCCUGUUGGCAGAUGCAGAAGCAGCUGCAGCUAAUCUGUGUGAAGUUCUCGAAGAUCCCAAUUCACGUGCUGACGUUAACAAUCGUGUGGCAGAAUUGGCGAAACAGUACGAGACGCUACAGAAGAAGCUGGACAAUCGUCGUGCUGAGGCAGAAAGAGCCCUCCGGGAAGGACGUCAGUUGGCAGAUAAUUGUGCCAGAGUCUUGGGUUGGCUAUCAGGUGAAGCUUCUGGUUUGACGGAGAAACUCCUAGUAUCCGCUCAUCGUCCAACUCUCCAACAUCAAAUUGAUACCCAUGAACCGGUCUACCAUGAAAUAAUGGCCAGAGAACACGAAGUGAGGAUGCUAAUCAACAGAGGAAGAGAUCUCCAAGACAACAGAGUCAAUGAUCCUAACUUACAGAGAGAUCUCGAUAAGAUCUCCAGUCAAUGGGAACGUGUCAGAAGAGAUGUUGUCGAUAGGCAUACGCGUCUUCAAACUUGCAUGGAACACUGCAAACAGUAUCAUUCAGCUGCUCAGAACUUCCAGAAUUGGCUAAGAUCUGCCGAAGAAAAACUAGCAGCCAUUAAGUUGGGUGUUCUGAAAAAAUCUCAGUUGGAUCAUCAACUGAAGGAACUCAAUGUCCUGCGGAGUGAAGUGUGGAAAAAGAGUGGAGAAUAUGAAAUUCUCAAAGGUCUCGGCAAUACAUUCCUAUCAGCCUGUGACAUUGACAAGGAACCAGUUCAAGGUGAACUGCAAAACAUUAAAUCGCGCUGGGAGAAACUCAAUGGUGAUUUAAAUGCCAAAAAUCAACUCUUCGAUACGUACCUGAAGAAAUUGGCAGAUUUCCAGGAUGACCUUAGGAAUCUGGAUCAGAAUACGAGACGAUGUGAAGAUCGUUUGAGUGCCUUUGAUGGUUUGGGUGGUGCUUCCAAGGAUCCCAAACUAAUUGACAGAAUUUCAACAAUUAUUGCCGAUACUGAGAGUCUCGUGAAGCCCCUCAAAGAUCUACAGGCAACAUCGAGAAAUGUAUCCAGGGAAGUGAUGGAUGUCGGCGGCAAUGCUGAUCAUUUGAUCAGUGAUGUUGAUGCAAUUGGAGAUCGAAUUGAUGAUCUUCAGGCUAAAUUGGGUGAUAGAUAUGAUGAACUGAAGUCAGCUGCAUUGAUAUCAUCGCAAUUGAAUGAGAGGAUCAAGGGAUUCUCGGUGGAUUUGUCAGAGAUUGAGGCUAGAGUGAGUCAUUUGCAGCCUCCGGCAAGGGAGAUUCCCACGGUCAAGCAACAAAUCCAUGAAGAUGCCAAUCUUCAGGGACAAAUUCAAGAUCUCACUGAAUCAAUUGGAGAAAUUCAUGAUUCCGUCAAGGCAAACUAUGAAUCAAGUUUCUCAAUUGAUGCCAUGCAGACUAGGGAGCAAAUUAGUGGUUUCCUGAGGAGUUUGGAUAAAUUGAGGAAUCAGGUGCGUGUCCAUGAAGAUUCACUCCAUCGAACACUGUCUUCCCUUGAACACUUCUACAAUGUUUAUUCAACGGUAACGACCGUUCUGAAGAAUGUUGACAGUCAGAUCAAAUCCCUCAAACCGAUCAGUUCAGAUCUUGAACAGAUUCGUGUGCAGCAUGAAGAGUUCAAGCAAUUCACGAGGAAAUCAAUCACUCCACUGAAUAAUGAUGUCAUUGAAUGCAAUCAAUUGGGUCAGGAACUCAUAAGAUCAGCUCAUGGUGGAGUAUCCACCGUCGUUCUCGAGAAGGACAUUGAGAAGUUGAAUGAUUUGUGGAAUAACAUCAAAGCUAAGUGGAAUGAACGCGAAAGGAGGAUUGAUUUGGGUCUUCUGCAAUCGGGUAAAUUCCAAGAAGCUCUCGAUGGGCUAUCUAAGUGGAUGGCGGAUACUGAGGAAAUGGUGGCUAACCAGAAACCUCCAAGUGCUGACUACAAGGUGGUUAAAGCCCAAUUGCAAGAACAGAAAUUCCUCACGAAGAUGCUCCUGGACAGGCAGAAUUCAAUGACAUCGCUAUUCAAUCUGGGUCAGGAAGUGAUUGAAGGAUGUGAUCCGGCUGAAGUGAAUAGUAUUCAGAGGCAGUUGAAGGAUCUUCAGACACGUUUUGACAAUCUGCAAAAUGUCGCACAGACAAGAACACUUGAUCUCGAGGAAGCCAUGAGAAUGGCCAAGAAAUUCCAUGAAAAGAUCGUUCCACUCGCCCAAUGGCUAAGUGAUGCCGAAAGAGCAGUUAAGAGGAUGGAAUUUGUGCCGACUGAUGAAGAAUUGAUUCAUCAGCGAAUUCGCGAGCAUGAUAAACUCCAUGAAGAGAUUCUCAAUAAACAGCGAGAUUUCACUGAGUUGACAGACAUUGCGGCUCAGUUGAUGAAUCUCGUGGGAGAAGAUGAGGGCGUCAUUCUCAGUGAUAAGGUGAAGAAUAUCACAGAUCGGUAUACAUCUCUUGUGGAUGCCAGUGAGAAUAUUGGCAAUGUUCUGGCGUCAUCGAGACAGGGUCUGAGGAAUUUGGUGCUAUCGUAUCAGGAUGUUGUGGAAUGGAUGGAAGGUGUCGAGGGUAAACUUCAUCAGUACAAAGUUCUUCCUGUCCAAGCUGACAGUAUUCUCGAGCAAAUGCACAAUCUUGUGGAUAUUAACGAGGACGUCGCCAAUCAUGCUCCACAGAUCGAAGCCAUUGUGGACACUGGUGCAGAAUUGAUGAAGCACAUUACAUCCGAUGAAGCACUUCAGCUCAAAGACAAACUUGAUUCACUGCAGAGACGCUACGGAGACAUUGUCAAUCGUGGCAGUGAUCUUCUAAAGCAUACUCAGGAAGCCCUUCCGUUGGUGCAACAAUUCAAUGAGGCACAUCAGCGCCUUGUGGAAUGGAUGCAAGAUACAGAAAAUAUCCUCGUGGCCACGGAUAUCAGUGAGCCAGAACUAUUUAGGAUGGAAAGUGAAAUUCCACAGAUGCGUCAAGUGCUAGACACAAUCAAUAGCAUUGGACCGCAAUUGAGUGCCCUGUCUCCGGGAGAAGGUGCCGUAACCAUUGAGAGUCUUGUGGCCAGGGACAAUAGGCGCUUUGACGGAAUUGUAGAUCAGAUUCAACGCCGAGCUGAACGACUUCAACUCAGUAAGCAAAGAUCCAAAGAAGUACGAAACGACGUUGAUGAACUCCUUGAAUGGUUCAGAGAUAUGGAAGCGAAUUUGAGGGAUGCAGAUGCACCAGCACUAAAUCCCAAGAUUGUCAGGACACAGUUAUCUGAUCACAGGAAGGUAAAUGAUGAAAUCUCCAGUCAGAGAGGUAGGGUAAGGGAUGCCCUGGCAGCCGGUAAAAGGGUGAUCAGAGACUUCCAGCCAAAUCAAGCUGAUCUUGAACUCAAAGAAAAACUCGAAGAUCUCAAGGAUCUCGUAGAAACUGUUGUUGGAUUGAGUUCUGAUCGUCUAAGUAUCUUGGAUCAAGUACUCUCAUUGUCUGAUCAUUUUGCCGACACCCACAAUACCCUGAUGACCUGGAUGGAUGAUCUUGAACUAAAAAUAUCCAACCUAGGCUUACCUGCCAUCCGAUCGGAUCAAAUUGCCAUCCAGCAGGAUACAAAUGAACGACUGUUGCAGUCAGUUCUGGAUCACAAGCCCCUGCUCAGCAAACAAAACAAAACGGGCGAGACCCUUGGAACGCUUGUGCGUGAAGAAGAUGUCGAGAAGGUCUAUGAGAUCCUUGAAGAAGAGAACGCUCGCUAUGCAGCUCUGAAGAAUGAACUGCUGAACCGUCAACAUGCUCUGGAACAAGCUAUGCAGGAAUCAAGUCAAUUUGCCGAUAAGAUUGAUGGCAUGCUGAGAGCCUUGACCAAUACAACUGAUCAACUUAAUCAGGCUGAACCAAUUUCAGCUCAUCCACCGAAGAUCAAGGAACAAAUUUCGGAGAACAAAUCCCUGAAGAAUGACUUAGACAAUCGCAGCAAUGCUUUUGGUAUUGUCCAGAAGAUUGCAACUGAUGUUAUCAACAAAGCUCCCAACAAGAGUGAUCCUGUUGUCAAGGAUAUCAGCAAGAAAUUGGACAAACUCACCAAGCUCUGGGAUGAUGUUCAGACGAAGAUCAACAAACGUGGCAAUGCCUUAGAUGACACCUUUAAGGUGGCUCAACAGUUCUGGGAAAAUCUCAAAUCUACCAUGGAGGCUCUUAAGGACCUUCAGGAAAAUCUGAGAUCACUCGAAGCUCCCGCAGCUCAACCACAAGAGAUUCAGAAACAACAAGUGGCACUCCAGGAAAUCAGAUAUGACAUCGAUAAGACCAAACCACGCGUGGAAGAUGUUAGGCAGACUGGUAAUAAACUCAUGUCACUCUGUGGAGAACCUGAGAAGCCCGAAGUCAAGAAGCACAUCGAAGAUCUCGAUCGUGCUUGGGAUAACAUCACAGUGCUCUAUGCCAAGCGAGAGGAGAACCUCAUUGAUGCCAUGGAGAAGGCAAUGGAGUUCUAUGAUACUCUGAAGAGUGUCACAGACUUCUUGAAUGAGUAUGAGGAGAAAUUCAAGAAACUAGGACCCAUUGGAACAGAUGUGGAUGCUGUUAAGAAGCAAAUUGAGCAAUUGAAGAACUUCAAGAAUCACGUUGAUCCGUACAUGGUCAAAGUUGAUUCGUUGAAUAGGCAAGCGAUGGAGUUGACAGAGAAGACAGGUACUGAGCAGGCUCAGUCCAUUAGGGAUCUGUUGAAUGGUGUAAAUAGGAGAUGGGAAAAUCUCUUGCAUAACAUGGUGGAGAGGCAGAAGAAUUUGGAGCAUGCACUUUUGCAUCUGGGACAAUUCCAGCAUGCCCUCAAUGAACUCCUGGUUUGGAUUGAACGCACAACUGAGACACUGGAUCAGCUUAAACCUGUUUUGGGUGAUCCACAGUUGAUUGAAGUUGAACUGGCUAAAUUGAAGAUUGUGGCCAAUGAUAUUCAGGCACAUAAGAGUUCAGUUGAUACUCUAAAUGACGCCGGAAGGCAUCUUAUUGAGUCCAAUAAGGCUUCCCAUGAAGCUUCAACGACCAAGGAUAAGUUGUCAACAUUGAACAGGAAAUGGUCUAAUUUACUGCAAAAGGCAUCUGAUCGACAGCAUGAACUUGAAGAGUACCUCAAAGAGGCGCAGAGAUAUUUUGCAGAUGUUCAGGAUAUGUUGGGUUACCUUGGAGAUGUUGAUGCUGUUAUUGGAGCAAGUAAGCCCGUUGGAGGUCUUCCGGAGACUUCAUCUGAACAAUUGCAGAGAUUCAUGGAGGUGUUUACAGAAUUGGAACAGACGCGGCCGAAAGUGGAAACUCUACUGUCACAAGGCAAGGAAUACAUUCAGAAACAGAAUGAACUCAAAGUACCGUCCAACAAUCUUCAGCAUAUUCUGAGAACGCUGAAACAGCGAUGGGAUGCCAUUCUGGCUAGAGCGUCGGACAAGAAGAUUAAACUUGAGAUUGCCCUGAAGGAAGCCACAGAAUUCCAUGAUGCCCUUCAGCAAUUCAAUGAAUGGUUGACAAAGACAGAGAAAACACUACAGAACCUCGGUCCUGUUUCACGGGUUUUGGAGACAAUUCAGAAGCAAAUGGAGGAUCACAAGGAAUUGCAGAAGGAUGUGUCAAAUCACAGAGAAACCAUGCUGCUGUUGGAUAAGAAGGGAACACAUCUGAAGUAUUUCAGUCAGAAGCAAGAUGUAAUUCUGAUAAAGAAUCUUUUGGUGUCCGUUCAGCAUCGCUGGGAACGGGUUGUGGCCAAGACUUCUGAGAGAACCCGAGCUCUGGAUCAUGGAUACAAAGAGGCUCAGGAAUUCUAUGAUGCCUGGUUCAGUCUAGUGCAAUAUCUCAGGGAGGCAGAUGAUGCCAUUAAUACCCUGACUGCUGAUUUGGCGGCAUCGAAGAAGCCCACAAAUGCCAAGAGGUGCCUUGAGCGUCUGCAAGAGAUCCAGAGGAAUGUUUCUCAGCGUCAAGGGCAAUAUGACACUGUGAUGAGAAAUGGGAAGCAAUUGAAGGAACGUGCUCCCAAGAGUGAUGAACCUGCCUUAACGAAGAUGUUGGGAGAACUCAAGGAACUCUGGACACGAGUUUGUUCAGUUCUGACAGAUCGUCAGAGGAAACUUGAGGAGACUCUCUUGCUUUCUGGUCAAUUUUCCGAGGCGCUCCAUGCACUUCUCGAAUGGCUGAGGAAGUCUAAAGUGAAGUUGUCCAGUGAUACACCAGUUUACGGUGAUUUGGAUACAGUAUCUAAGCUCAUUGAUGCCCACAAUGCUCUAAAGAGUGAACUCAACAGUCGAUCAUCCCAAAUGCAGAGUGUCCUCAAGACGGGACGACAACUCGAAGCGACAGCCGACAAUAGAGAUAUUUCUGGUAAUCUCACAGAAUUGCAGUCGCUGUGGGAAGAAGUGCAGGAUCUGGCGAGAGUAAGAAGUGCCAAACUGGAAGAUGCCCAGAGGGAAGCUGAGAAACUGCACAAGAAUGUUCACAUGUUGCUAGAGUGGUUGGGUGAAGCUGAGCAGAAACUGAGAUUUGCCUCAGCUCCGAACAACGAAGCCCAGAGUUUGGAAUUGCUGCGUGAAAGUGAGCAGUUCCUCAAGGAGUUGAGAGAGCAGGAAAUUAACAAGAGGGAUACUCUCGAUUUGGCACACAGAAUCCUGGCUAAGGCUCAUCCUGAAGCUGUUCCAAUCAUCAAGAAUUGGAUUACAAUAAUUGAAUCACGCUGGGACGAAGUUCUGCAAUGGGCACGAGGACGCAAAGACAAGCUCGAGAUUUACCUUAAGUCCCUCAAGGAUCUCGAUGAGACCAUUGAUAACCUUCUGGCGUGGUUGCGUAGUCUCGAAAAUCGCCUUCUUGAACUGCAACACGAACCUCUGCCUGAUGAGAUUCCGCCACUUGAGCGUCUCAUUGAGCAGCAUAAAGAGUUCAUGGAGAGUAUUGCUGCACGCCAGCAGGAAGUUGAAGUUGUGUGCAAGCCCAAACCAACGACAAUUCAAGAUGCGAGAAAGCAGAGUCGCGGACGAUUGGCAAAGUCCAGUCAGAGUAGGGAUCAGACACCCGAAAAAGACAGACUACCACAUAUUGGGCCACGAUUCCUCACGAGUUCCGCUGAUAUGCAAUUUAGGUCCCCACGGGCUCAGACACUUUGGGAACAGUGGAGAAUUGUGUGGCAGAUGUGUUGGGAGAGGCAGAAGCGAUUGCAUGAUCAUCUGCUCUAUCUCCAGGAUGUCGAGAGGGUGAAACAGUUCAGCUGGGAUGAGUGGAGGAAGCGAUUCCUCAAGUACAACAAUCACAAGAAGUCUCGGCUGACAGAUCUGUUCCGGAAGAUGGAUAAGGACAACAAUGGGCUCAUCCCAAGGGAUGUCUUUAUCGAUGGAAUUAUUUCAACCAAAUUCCCAACAUCUCGCCUGGAAAUGGAAACUGUGGCUGAUCUGUUUGACAGGAAUGGCGAAGGUUUGAUUGACUGGCAGGAAUUCAUUGCAGCUUUGCGACCUGAUUGGCAAGAGAGGAAACCUGCAACAGAUUCCGACAAGAUACACGAUGAAGUGAAACGACUGGUGAUGCUCUGUACGUGUCGCCAGAAGUUCCGUGUCUUCCAGGUUGGCGAAGGAAAGUAUCGAUUUGGAGACUCACAGAAACUGCGCCUGGUGAGAAUCCUCCGGAGCACUGUGAUGGUUCGUGUGGGAGGAGGAUGGGUAGCUCUCGAUGAGUUCCUCGUCAAGAAUGAUCCCUGCAGAGUCGAUGAGCAUUUGGCCGAGUUGAUGCCAAUAUUUGAGCGAUUGAGGGCACAAGAGCAAGUACCGUGCGCAUUUCCGCUUCACAUGGGCGCCGGUGGGACGCUCUUUCUGCGCGGAGACGCCUGGAGUACGUCUCUAAGUCCACACGCGCCCCAUUGUCAUCCCUCCACGCACUGGUCUCUCAGUUCUGCAGCAAAGAUAAAAUUAACAACGCGCAAAUUGGUAAAUUUACAAUGCAUUUCUUGCUAUAAUAUUACCACAAUGGAUGCAAGCUUUGAGCAAAUGCUAUACCUAAUCUGCGCUGUAAGUCACUGUCAUGACUUUCCACUGAGAAAAAAGAGGGUGCGAUUAACUUUGUUUUCACAUAACUUUAACACAUUUUAGGUGUAAAAAUAUAUCAACGUUUUUUAAUGUUAAUUUUACACCUUUUUAAGGGUAAAAUUAACAUAGAAAAGGGUAACUUUAACCCCUAAUACACCUAAAAAGGGUAAUAUUUUCACCGAUUUUGGAUCAAUACUGCAGGGUUAAAUUAUUAAAUUUAAUUAUUAAAAAUAAAUUUAAAUAAAAUUAGUAAAAAAAAAUAUUGUCAGCAAAAAAUUAAAUUUCGUCAGUAAAAACAUUAAAAUAUGAGCAGUAAAGAAUAUGACCAGUAAGGGAAAGUGGGGCAGUUUAAAAUUAGAAUUUUUCACAUAUUUUUAAAUAAAAUUGAGCCUUAUCGUGAUAUAAUUUAGCUGCACAAACAGAUUAAGAAGCUAAAUUACAUUAUGAAAUGGCUCAUUUCCAUUUAAACAUAGGAGAAAAAUGUCAAUUUCAAAGCUGCCCCACAUUCAGAGGUGCCCCACUUCCCCUUAUAAAAUUUAAAGAAAAAUAGACAAAAUUAGAAAAGCAGAAUUUUAUUAAAAAAAAAGGUCAGUAAAAUAAUAAAAUCGAAAGGUAAAAAUUAAACUAGAUUAGUAAAAUGGUAGGGGAGGGUAGGGUAAUUUCAUGCAUGCAAUACUUUUGAAAAUAAAGUCAAAAGAAACUAACAGAACAUACUUAGUUUAUGAUUCAUAUUCUUUUAGUAAAUGAGUUCUGGAAAAAGUUGAGCUGCGUGAAAUUGCCCCACUCUCUCCUAAGCAAAAAUAAAUAUUGAGCAAUAAAAAAAUAAAUAUAAUGUAGUUAGCAAAAAAAUAAUACCAACAAUAAGAAAUAAUAAAUAAGAAAAAUUAAUAAAAUGUUCAGUAAAAUAGAAGUUAGUAAGCAAAAAAUAAAUAAAAAAUAGCAGUAAAAUAAUAGAAAUGGUCAGUAAAUAUAUGCAAUUUGGUCUGUGAAGAAUAAUAGGAUAUUCAACAAAAAAGUAAAAAUAAUCAGUAAAAUAUAAUCGAUUUGGUAAGUGAAAAAUAAAAAUCGGUCAAUAAGUUUUGAAUUUUCUUGUUUCACUCAACCAAAAUUCUCUUGCGGGAAGGCCCUGUUCCUUCAUGGAAUGUUGUACCAUCAUUUAUUAUUAUUGCUCAACCGAAACUAUUUUUUUACUAAUGAAAUUGAUUAUUCUUACUGCUCAUUAUCAUUUUUUGCUAAUCACUUUUAAUUUUGAAUACUUCGAUUUGAUUUUUUUAAUUCUCAUUUUCAAUUUUACACAUGGUUAAAUUUUAAUUUUAUUUGUUACUGGUCAAUUUAUAUUUUUUACGGACUAGGGUAAAGCGUUAUAAUUUGGAAUUAGUGUUACAAGUUGGACAAUUCGCCGGUACAAGUUGGACAUGGUUUUUUUCUUGAUAAAUACAGUACAAAAUUUGUUUUUAAGCACAAAAAACCAAAUUAUAAAACUAAAGCAUUAAAAAUAUACAAAUAAAAAUGAAGUACUAAAUUUAUCAAGACAAAAAGCCCUGUCCAAAUUGUACCAUUGUCCAAUUUGUACCACUUUACCCUACAUCUUAUUUUUUCUGUUCAUUUUUAAUUUUUUCCUGGUCAUUUUGAUUUUUUUCAGAUAAAAUUUAAUUUUUUGUUAAUCAUUUAGAAUGAAAUACUCCCCAUUUACAUUUGUAAAGAAAAAAUAUUUAUCUUGCUAACUAAGCCUCGCCGGGAAAUAUUCUCGAUCACAUGCUUUUCAAAAUCUAUACCCUGAAUUUGAAAUUUAGCAAAGGGAUACAUUAUAACUAUGUGUAAACUACCCUCAGUUGUCCCCUUAGCCUUAUUUGCAUUCAUUUUUUUCUGAAAAGUAAGCCACGCCUCUUAGAAUUAUAUUAAUUCUUAAACCUUUCAAUGAUAGUAAUAAACAUAAAAUAAAAUAGUAGGUGAGAUUGUUAAGAAUCUCACCUAAUAUAUGAGAUUGUUAGUUCACGCCCUGUUAAAUUCAAUACAUAAAAGCUCCUUGGAUGUAAUUUAUACGCCUUUAAAAAAGAAGUCGAACUCGCAACACUUGUAUCUUGUAUCAUACAGCGAGCACUAUACCGCUAAUUAUAUUGUGUGAUUUUUUUAAUCUGUUUGUUCUUAUAAGGUCAUUUUGUGACCUUUUUAUGGAUUUUUCAAGAUCAAACUCAUAAAUUUGUUAAGUAUUUAAAGCUUUUCCGAAAGAUUUUGAGUUUGUGCUAGGCCAAAAGAGAAUUUUGUGAUGUCAUAAGCCACUUGUAAAAUCACAAGAGGGCGUGGCCUAUUUUUUAGCGAUUCUUUUGGGCCUGUUUUCAUCUUUCUGUAAUAUUGAUUUAAAAAAAAAAAGAUCUUAUGAUACUACUCGAUUAUAAAACUCAAAAAUUUUAGUUUCAAUUAAACAUAGUCUCUUAAUGAGGCGCAAUUAAAAAUUAAUUGUGGGCGGAGCAAGGAAAUACAAUACUAUCGUUCCUUUUAACCAUUUUCUUUUUAACCACGUUUUAUUUUUUUAACCAAAAAAUAAAACUUGAAAUGUAAAGUGAAAUAAAAGUUUGUUUGAAUUCUGUAAGGAUAUGACAAUGUCAUAUGACAAAUGUUCAUAAUAAAUUCGAAAACAGGAUAACACUAAAGAUCAGAUGUAUAAUGGUCUUUGCAAGAGGCUCUAUGAAGUCCAUGAAGGUCUUAGUGAUUGACAUGAAUCGGUUAUUCGAUUAGUACUGCCGAAUUAACCGUUUAAACACUUGAAUUUGUCAUAUGACAUUGUCAUAUCGUAACAGAAUUCCCCUCCAGGACAUAUUUUUAUGAUACACAUCUGAAAUUUUUAAUUCAAAGAACAAGUGAAAGUUGUUUAUUUAAUAACACUUUAAGAGCCAAUAAAAUUUCAUUAAGUUUUUAAUGGUAUCCUCUUUCUAUUGGCACACAUUCUUCCAAGACUUAAAUGUCCUUAGGCAAGAAUGUUACUAAAAAGAGACAGAUUAACCAGUUUUCUGGGUCAGAAUUAACACAGUAAUCUCAUGUUAAAUAGAAAGUGAGUUCAUUUCAAAAUUCUGCACAGAAUUUUAGUAAUAUUAUUAUUAUUAUUAUUUUCAUGACAGUGACAAAAAAUAUUUUAAGCUAAUAUUGUCCUAAAUAAAUUAUUAUAUUUCAAAUAUGAACACAGUGCUAGCAAAAAAUAACAAGAAAACAAUGCUUUAUAUUUUUAAUCGAAAUCCAAUUGAAUAUGCUUACAGCAAACCUGUAUACCCAAAAAGACAAAUUGAUCUUUGUAUUCCAUAGUGUUCUAUCUCAAAAUUGAGAGCUUUUUAUAUUGAAAAAUUGAUUAUUUUGUUACCAGAAUGACAAGUUUAGGGAUACAAUGGAAUGAAACGAUCAAAAUAUUCCUAACAAAGCUUAUAAAAGCAAAAUAUUUUUCUUUAUUUUUUUAAUAUUUAUGUUGUUAAUCUUUUAAUUUUUUUGUUGAACAGCGUUUUUGUUAUUAGAUAAAUAAUAUCUCUGAGCAUCUUUGAAUCAUGCAUCAUUUUUUUCUACUUAUUUU